AUGGCCAGCCUUCACGGCCAACCUCGGGGUCUGAAAGUCACCAGCAGUGUGCAAGGUUACGGCCAAUCUCUGGUACUGAUAGUCACCAGAAGUGAACAAGGUUACGGCAAGCCUGGGGGACUCAAAGUCACCAGCAUCACCAGCAGCGUACAAGGUUACGGCCAACCUCGGGGACUGAUAGUCACCAGCAGUGUACAAGGUUACGGCCAGCCUCGAAGACUGAUAGUCACCAGCAGUGUACAAGGUUACGGCAAGCCUCAGAGACUGAAAGUCACCAGCAGUGUACAAGGUUACGGCCAACCUCGGGGACUGAUAGUCACCAGCAAAGGACAAGGUUACGUCCAACCUCGGGGACUGAUAGUCACCAGCAGUGUACAAGGUUACGGCCAACCUCGGGGACUGAUAGUCACCAGCAGUGUACAAGGUUACGGCCAACCUCGGGGACUGAUAGUCACCAGCAGUGUACAAGGUUACGGCCAACCUCGGGGACUGAUAGUCACCAGCAGUGUACAAGGUUACGGCCAACCUCGGGGACUGAUAGUCACCAGCAGUGUACAAGGUUACGGCCAACCUCGGGGACUGAUAGUCACCAGCAGUGUACAAGGUUACGGCCAACCUCGGGGACUGAUAGUCACCAGCAGUGUACAAGGUUACGGCCAACCUCGGGGACUGAUAGUCACCAGCAGUGUACAAGGUUACGGCCAACCUCGGGGACUGAUAGUCACCAGCAGUGUACAAGGUUACGGCCAACCUCGGGGACUGAUAGUCACCAGCAGUGUACAAGGUUACGGCCAACCUCGGGGACUGAUAGUCACCAGCAGUGUACAAGGUUACGGCCAACCUCGGGGACUGAUAGUCACCAGCAGAGUACAAGGUUACGGCCAGCCUCGGGGACUGAAAUUCGCUAACAAAGUACAAGAUUACGGUCAGCCUAAGGUGACUGAAAGUCACUAG